GGACCCGGAAGUGCUUUGUUAAACCGGAUGUACAGACUUCCCAAUGUGACUUACCCCCCUCGACUACUAGCGCUGUUGUGUUCCUCUGCUGGGUUAAAGUCUACAACAUGUUUCUUACCACCGCAAAUUUGGCCAAAGCAAAAUCAAAGACCAUCCUGGUUCAGAUGAUGAGCGCUGCAGGGACAGGCUACUUCUUCAACACGAAGAGGAGCCGGCUCAGAGAGAAGAUGGUGCUGCGCAAACAUGAUCCACUGGUGAACAAGCACGUCCUUUUCUUCGAGAAGAGGAAGAUCCGAUCGAUUUAACAAAGCACCAAAACACAUGGACAACAUAAACCUGCUCGGUUUAAACAGACUCUUUUUAUUGUCGUGGAUUAUACAAGGUGUUUCGUCAGAGGAUUUCUUCUGGGAUCCGUCAAAAGGCCUCUACUCUCCCCGCUGCACAAAUUCAGCAUGAUGAAAAACCCCGGCAGUCUUGACUACCACCAUUUAAAACAAGAAACUCAUGUGAAAUACUGAUGUUAUUCAUUGGAGGCUAUUAUACAGUAAUCAUUGAUUAAGAUUCAGUCGAGUGUUUGAAUGCAAAUAUACAUUUAAAUCAGGUACCUGUAAUAAAAUAAUUUGUGAAAUAUGAUCUAUUUGGCUAAUUAAAUACAUUAAGGUAAUUAUGUGCAGUACAAGCUAAGUGUUAAGAUGUUUGUCAGUUUUUAAACUGUUCAAAGCUUUUAAGAUUUUCUGUUGUAAAUUGGCUUGUCAUCACAUAACUGUUGUAUUGGCAGUGAAAUUGAAGACAUGGAUCAGCUUUAUAUUAAAAAUAACAUUGGUUACAUCAUUAA